GGGGCGGUGGGGAGCCUGGCGUCCUGGUCUCCAGCCCUCCUGGACCACGUGGGCCUUCUCCUCCCCCCCAAAAGUUUCCCCCCCAAAAGGCCGGCCAAGGGGGCACUGCGCAUGCGGAGCUCCAAAUUCAAACAGCUGUCGCCAGAGGCGGGCCCGGGGUCGCCCCCCAGGCGGCUCCCCCGCUAGCCCCCCGGGUCGCCAUGGUGGACCGCGGCCCCCUGCUGACCUCGGCCAUCAUCUUCUACCUGUCCAUCGGGGCGGCGAUCUUCGAAGUCCUGGAGGAGCCCUACUGGAAGGAGGCCAAGGACGACUACAUCAGCAAGAAGAAAAUGCUCCUCAAGGAGUUCCCCUGCCUGGGCACCGACGGUCUGGACAAGAUCCUGCAGGUGGUGUCCGAUGCAGAUGGACAAGGUGUCGCCAUCACGGGGAACCAAACUUUCAACAACUGGAACUGGCCCAAUGCCGUCAUCUUUGCCGCCACGGUCAUCACUACCAUAGGCUACGGGAAUGUCGCUCCCAAAACCCCUGCCGGGCGGCUCUUCUGCAUCUUCUAUGGACUUUUUGGGGUUCCGCUCUGCCUAACGUGGAUCAGCGCCCUGGGGAAGUUCUUCGGGGGCCGGGCCAAGAGACUGGGCCAGUUUCUGACCAAGAGAGGCGUGAGCUUGAGAAAGGCCCAGAUCACGUGCACGGCCAUCUUCAUCAUCUGGGGGGUCCUGGUCCACUUGGUCAUCCCACCCUUCGUGUUCAUGGUGACCGAGGGCUGGGACUACAUCGAGGGCCUCUACUACUCCUUCAUCACCAUCUCCACCAUCGGCUUUGGGGAUUUCGUGGCUGGGGUGAAUCCUGAUGCCAACUAUCACGCCCUGUACCGGUACUUUGUGGAGCUGUGGAUCUAUUUGGGGUUGGCCUGGCUGAGCCUGUUCGUGAACUGGAAAGUGAGCAUGUUCGUGGAAGUGCACAAAGCCAUCAAGAAACGGCGGCGGAGGAGGAAAGAGUCCUUCGAGAGCUCGCCCCACUCCAAGAAGGCCCUCCAGAUGGGCAACCCCAAGGACGUCAACAUCCUCGGCUUCCUCUCCAAGAAGGAGGAGACCUACAAUGACCUCAUCAAGCAGAUCGGCAAGAAGGCCCUGAAGACCGGAGGGGAGAAGGAGGCCGGGACGGGGCCAGAGACGGCCAGGACGGGCCUCCCGGGCCCGGAACGGAUCCCGCUGGUGCUCUACUCCAAGAGCCGGAUGAACUCCGAAGAGGUCACGCAGGCCCUCAGGAGCAAAGGGCACGUGAGCCGACCCCAGUCCCCUGGCCGGACCGGGGACGGGGAGGAAAGCGUGGUCAUCAAUCAGUUGGACCGGAUCAGCGAGGAGGAGGGGGAGGCCUGGGACGCCCGCGACUCGCGGCCCCUGAUCGAGAACGCCAACAUCACCUUCGUCAACGAGGACGGGCUCUCCGACGAGGAGACGUCCAAGUCCUCCCUGGAUGACAACCUGGCCGAGGAGCCCGCGACGCCUCAGAACCUGGUCGAGGCCCCUUCGUCCGACGAGUCGACUUUCACCAGCAACGAGUCAGAGGUCUCCGUGCCUUAUGAGCAGCUUUUGAACGAUUACAACAAAGCCAACAUCCCCAAGGGCACGUGAGGCUUCCCUGCCCCUCCCUCCCGGCUCUGGGGCAUCCUGGGAAAGCUGCCAGCUCCAGGAAGGGCAGUCUGGGGACUGGGAGAAACCGGGAGAGAGAAGGCCGAAACCCGACCCCCACUCCACUCCAUUCCGAGCACAUCUCCGCCGCUCCCCGGGGAAAGACCAUCAAAUGACCCGAUGGAACUGAUGCUUCGAACCUGAAGAUUAGAUUCCUUUCGACCAAUUCUUUUCACCUUUAAUGUGGGAGGGGGUGACAGAUGGGGAAGAAGAGGGACAGCUCUAAGCAAUACACUGGACCUAUGGCUUGAUGUCGGAUGAGGGCUAGAAAAUCUUCCCCUCUCUCGCCCCUUCUCCCGGUUCCGGGGAGGGAGCUCCCCGUUUCUGGGGGUGAGGCCACACGUCGAGACUCCCAUGGAGGGGCAAGUUGGGGAAGGGCCAACCAUUGGCUCCAGGCCCCCUUCUCCCCUCACCCAUUCUAAGAAAUGGUUCCUCCCCUGGGAAGGUCUCCAAUCUACCCACCCAGGCUGUGGUUGAACAACCACUGAGGCACUCUGCGAUUUCAGGGAUGUUUCCUGGUUUGGGGAUGGGAGGGGGAAGUAGAAGCCAGCCAAGGGUAGGAUGGCCAUUGCCAUCACAGGAGUUGGCCCUACCCCAACUUCACUAGGGGAGAAUUCUGACCUGUCAUUCUCUAGCCUGGUGACACCCUACGGGCAUUUCCUGGGUGCUGAAUUAUAAUCCCAAACCCCCAACUGCCCAGCCCUUUUCUUCUCGAAAGUGAUUGUGGCUGGGUGAGCAGGGGAUGGCGUCCCUUCCCCCAAGGCGGGGAAUGACUGGGAAGGCGGAAGAGGAGAUGUGUCCCACAGGAUGAGGAAAGGGAUCAGGAGUAGCUACCUUCCCAGAGUCUCCUGGGCAGCCAAACCUGCUCCACAUGGCUUCUGUGUCCUUUCUGAUAGGAUGUGGCCAGCUCUUAUUGGUUUUAAAAGCACAGAUCCAAGACCUCCCCUCUGGCAGGAGCCCAAUGGGAAAUCUUUCUGCCUACAGGCCAGCCCCCAAGACCAGUAUGGUUCUGGAAACUCCUUGUAGGCAGGGAACCUGUCUAUAAACUCUUGAUAUAGUGCAUUCACCCAAGUGCUUAGUACGGUAAGCGCUCAGUAAAUACUGUUGACUUGUUGUAAAAGCCCAAGGGGGAAAACUGAGGGAACCAAAGAUGGGGAGGGAUGCAGACAGACCCUGAAAGGCUGAGGGAGAUUGCCCCCUGCUCCAGGCCCUUGGAGGCCUCAUUGGCCAGAGCCAGUUGAAUCAGCUUCAGGCGGAGUGUGGACAGACACGUUCACCAUGCUAUUGCUGCUUUUACCUCGUGAUGUAGGCAGAGCACCCCAGUACUUGGGGUCGGGGGUGGAAGGACCGGGCACCCCAGGAGGGUAUCCUGGUUCAGAGAUAAGUAUCUUACCCCCAGUUCUGCUUCUCGGGGAAGGCUCUUGUGUUUUUCACUGUCUCUUGAGUGUCCGAAGUGACCAGGAUCCCACUUCUGGGCAGGAGCUGGAAGAGGACUGCCCGAUCCAACACUUUAAUAAGGAAAAACACUUUGGCCACCUGCUGUGGACCACAAGCCCAACUGUGCUCUUAGUGAGCACCUGACAGAAUCCAGACCCCUCAACCAUGGCCAGAGCUGACUGGGGCACUCACCCGAGCAGUGCUGAGUUGGGAAAUUUGCUCCCUCUUCCUGAGUCCUGGCCGUCUGUUUAUCCCAGUUUGAUUCCCAGGCCUUCAAGUGGAGGGGCCUGUAGUGGACAGUAGAGAAUGUGUGCCCUCCUGAUACCAGUCCGCCGGACCUCGGUGACAAAAAGAGGCCACUGCUGGGGGCUGGGCUGGAAGCUGAGGUCAGCCUUCACUCCCGAUUUCUGAGACCGUGGCCGCAGACAAGCGGGAAGGCGGCCGAGUGAACAAGAGGUAGUGGAGAUUGCAUCCCAAGCUGCUGUUUUGGGGGAGAUGACUGCAAUGGUAAACUGUUUAUGUUAGGAGACUGGGGGAGGAGGGAUAGGAUUUCACGGGAGCGAUUCAGCUCCUCUUCGGGGUUUACUAUUUUUUGAGUUUCUAGCUUGGAAGGGAUUUGCAGGUUUAUGAACGGACUGUGGCUGGCUGCUGGUAAGGGGGUUGAAAGGUAAAACAGAUUCUGCUUCCUGCCUGCUGCUGCUGUUCAAGGUCCCUUCCCUGAGGGUUCCCUGGAUCAAGGCAGUCCAGCUCAAUGGGGGCACCUGACUCCAGGCCACAAACCCACAUGCACAUCUAUCUACACACAUGUGUAUGUGUGUGCACACUUGCAGAAUCUGGGUUCGCUCUAUGUGAAGAGCAAUCCCGAACCUUCAACAGAAUGGGAAGAUUCACCCCCAUGCCGCUGUUAUCUGUUCCAACUCUCCUGUUUUUCUCUCUCUGUCUGUAUUUUUUUAUUGUAUAUUUUUUUAACUCCACUCGAUCCUGCCUGGAAUGAAUCUGUGGGCACUGGUACGAAGCUGCUUGACUGGGGAAUGGAGUCCAUGGCGGGGCCACUGGAUGUUUUCUGGGGAGAGGAAGUGAUCACGUCCAAAGUUUGGUUUCAAAACCUGGAGAAACUGGAGGGAAGAGGUUGAGUAGAGGGGGCUGUGGGGCCUGCAUCUCUGACGUGGUGGGGCUGGGGGAGUUUCUGGAACCACAGGAAAGGGGUCCACACUCAGCCCACCUCUUCCCCUUGUUCUGAGCCAAGGAGGGGAAUCCGAGUCCUCACAUUUCCACGAUUUGUACUGGCGAGUUGGCCUUUAUCCUGUGAAUGCAACAUUCCUCUCGUCGCUGAUUGUCACUGGAAUCACUGUAUGUAAAUAUCGGAAAGCUUCCUGUAAAGUGUAAUUUAUUUUGAUGUUUUACAAUAAAAAAUA